AUGGCCGACUCGAACGAGGGGACCAUCCAGAUGCUGACCGGCAUCUCCGGCUGCACAGAUGAUGAUGCGCGUAGAUGGCUGAAGGUCAAGAACAACGACGCAGACGCUGCUCUCAACGCCAUAUUAGACAACGAAGAUCUUGCAAAAGCCGAGCAAACGACUACCUGGAACGAGAAUGAUUUCAGUGCCGGCCGCGAUGGAACCGCUGCAUAUGGUCCACAGAAUUACUGUGCGAUAUUGGCCAAAAACUUUCGAUAUGAUAAUAGACUGACAAGCCCAAGCANNUACAACGAACAAAAUCUGCGCCCAUUAGGACAGAGCGCAGCCCCGACCAGAGGCAACUCACCUGCUCCUUCCCUUCAUCAACCUCCCAACAGAGAUGACGAAGACGCUGAUCUACAGAAGGCCAUUGCCGCUUCAACACAGUCAACCGGUAUCACCCUACCUGGCAUCAACACCAACUUCAAACCUGCAACGGACGACCAUUACGAGCCUUCCAAGUGGUCGAUGACUACCGUUGGUAUGGAGUCUCAGCAAGCCAGCGAGAUCAUUCCGGAUCUGGAGCCUCAUGAACGCAAGAAUGAAGCUAAUGAACCGAUUUUCUUGAAGCAACUUCCUUCUGGCGACUAUCUGCCCAGUCUACUUACUAUUGCACACUCUGUUCCUUUGGCACGUAAGGCUCUGUUGGCACCACACAAGACUUACUCCUCAUAUGGCUCGGACUCAGAAUGGUGGAAAGGCCAUGGCAUACGCCUGCCCAAGAUCGUCAGCACUGUCAGUGGCGAAACUAUGGAGCCAGCCACCACCAAUAAGGAUGAAAUAGUUGCAGAGAUGCAGCGUUUGAUGGCUUUGCUAGACGACAGCUCGAGGUCAUAUGGCAGCGCCGAAACCCUCGUUCGCCUCGCAGAAAUCAAUGGUGGUUGUAUCCUGGACAAAGUCCUUGAGGUGUGGGAACAUGCUGCUCUGGAUGACAUGGAUGAGUCUCUAGACACCGAUAACUUCGUCUUCCACUCGCUGGUGGGCUCAACGAACCCCGAAUCUAUGACAACCACGGAUCUCUUCUCCUUGCCACUGUCCGUCAGCCCGACCCCUGACGGCUCGAGUCAAGAACUAGCCGCUAUAAUGGACGACACUCUUUGGGACACUGAUGGCGAUGAACCGACCUUGUAUGACAACUACAUAGAUCAUUGCGCCCCAGUCCUACCUAUCCGCCUGACACACAACGACUCCUCAAAGGAAACUCUGAACGUCGUUAUCCCCCCUGCAUUCUUCGUCGACAAGUAUCUAAAGGAAAACGCCGACCUCACAAAGGGUGUUCGUCAACAGAUGGCCCUGAGCAAGAAGAAAAUCGACAGGAUCCAGGCAGCACAAUUCAAGCUGCAAAACUAUCAACACGCGCAGAAAGGAAACCUGAGUACUAGCCAACUGAUGAAGCACGCGAAAAACUACUUUUCAGGCGAGACCAGAAAGAACCUGCUCGAGGAGAGAGAAGGUGCUGGCGCAGGUGGAGACACUGACAUCCCUUUGCCACUGGAGCAUCACAGUAUGAUCGCCGAGCACUUGAAUGCAGAAGAAAAAGAAANNAAGACUCGCAAGGCACUGUCAGAGCUUUCAAAAGAGGCUGGACUGCCAGAAGAGAAUCUCAAGCACAGAUACACGCUCAGAGGUGUCUCAACCAAGUCUCACGUAACAUACCUCCUGCGCCCUCGCGACCCCUCCGACACCGCUAUGGUCGAUGACGAAGACGCACCGGAAGGCAUGCAGUGGUGGCGUAUCGAGUACGAUGUCCAGGUGAACGGCGCCAAGGUCAUCAAGACCAAGUCAACACAGGACGAUGUCAUCCGGGCUGUGGAGCUUGAGCACAAUCAAGCCCUACUGGUUUACGCCAGCGACUACGCCAUUUCAGACGAACAUGAUAUCGACCUCACCUCAGCCCUUGACGAGUUCAUCCAUCAUGACGACGACAACUUCACCUCAGAGCUACACAUGAAUGGCUAUGGGCACAUCAACGUGUACCCUGCUUACGAGGGUGUUCAGCAACGCCGUGGCUCGGGAGACAGUACCGCAGUCAACUAUGACGAGGGUCCACCUGGUUAUGAGCCACCCCCGUACGACUCAGGAACGGAAUACGGUCGCAUACCCAUCAACAUGCAAGACACCAAAGAUGUAGCCAUGAACGGCGGACACAGUCCCCCAGCUCACGAGAUUCGACUCGAGCAGGAGGAAGUACAGCCAGAGGAGACCGAUACCAAAGGGGGAGUCGAGAUGGUCGAAAAGGUACAUGCUCCUCCUUCCUUGUACAGAUCUGAAAAUGGCGGUUCCAAGGUCACUGAGAUGGGUAGUGACGAUACCAUGACAGGCAUCAAGGGCUCAGACGGAGAAGUCGACCUGAUCGAUUUUAGGGACUAG